AUGACUGAGGAGACGAGUAAGUCAUUCAACGACCAUCCAUGUAGUCCAACGGGAACCGUCAGCUCGAUGUCGCAGGACGACUCGGAUUCAGACGUCCCGUCCUCUCCAACCAGCUCCGAUGGACAGGCGCCCAGCGACGGGAUAACCCCAAAACUGGACACCAGCGAGGAGGAUAAACGGUUUCCCGCGUGCAUCCGAGACGCGGUGUCUCAGGUACUGAACGGAUACGACUGGUCGCUCGUACCGAUGCCUACACGAGGAGAGCGGUCUCUGAAAAACAAACCCCAUGUGAAGAGGCCGAUGAACGCGUUCAUGGUGUGGGCGCAGGCGGCGCGCAAGAAACUAGCUGACCAGUACCCGCAUCUCCACAACGCCGAACUCAGCAAGACCUUGGGGAAGCUCUGGCGGUCAGUAGAGAUAACCGAAUGUAUAUAUUUAAUGGGGGAUAUAAUACACAUUUGCGUGCCUAAUGUGCUGCAUAGAACAUGGCACAGAUGUACUAUGGAAAUGUUUUUGCACCAAACCCAAAAAUCUGCAGUGAAGAUUGAUGUAGACAAUGUUCAUUGCUGACAAGUUACAAAACACUUAUUAUUACUUUAUUUUCUAGUAUUGUUUCAUGAACAUUACUGCACAACUUUGCCUUUUCAUAUUGAUUAACCUAAUUUUACAUGGCAUUUUGUUUAGAAUGAUGAUGAUAAUGUAUUCACUGUGACAUCCAGCAUUGUGCAUCUUAUAAUAGUCCACAACUCAACCCAACCUGUCAUCAAUUUCCAGCCUGCUCUCUGAAAGCGAGAAGAGGCCAUUUAUGGAGGAGGCAGAGAGACUGAGGGUGCAACACAAGAAAGAUUACCCUGACUACAAAUACCAACCUCGGAGAAGGAAGAGCACCAAGCCAGGUCAGAGUGACUCCGACUCCGGGGCUGAGCUGGCCCACCUCCACCCGGGCCAGAUGUACAAGGCUGAACCUGGUCUGGUAAGACUGACCUCCCUGGGGGAUGGGCAUCAUCCAGAGCGGACAGGUGAAUGGAUUUCCCAGCAUAUUUGAUACAUUUGUGCAAGAAUGUUAAACAAUCCAUACUCAAUAGCAACACUGAGUUUGUCAGUCACCAGGGCAUGGUCUUUUUUUUUUACUGAUUGAGAUCCUGUAUGAACACUUAGCUAUCUCUCCUGGGUUCAGGGUUGAGGUGUGCAGGUACGUUAUUUUGUUAGUAUGCAGUAGCUAAUGUUUAGGCAUCUGUCGUGUCUUUUCUGAAGGUCAUCCACAUGGUCCCCCCACACCCCCCACCACCCCCAAGACAGAGCUGUAUCUGGGGGUGAAACAUGAUGGCCGGCGCCCCCUGGACAGCGGACGGCAGAACAUCGACUUCAGCAACGUGGACAUCUCUGAGCUUAGCACCGAUGUCAUCAGCAACAUGGAGGCCUUUGACGUCCACGAGUUCGACCAGUACCUGCCAGUCAAUGGGCACAGCUCCACUCCUGCGCCUCCGGACCACGGGCACAGGGGGCACGGAUCCAACCCCCCCUCUGGCUCCCUCAGCUCCUCCUUCGGCCACUCCCACAGCAAUGCCUUGGAGGCGGCGCUCCCCUCUUCCUCCUCGCCUUCUAGUAACAGCGAUGGCGUUUACCACAGAACGCAGAUCAAAACGGAGCAGUUGAGUCCCAGCCACUACAGCAGCCAGCACUCCCACAGCUCCUCGCCACCCCACCCUGACUACACCCCCCUCAGCUCUGGAAGCUGCCCCUCCUCUGCAGCCUCCUCAUCUUCAUCAUCCUCCUCCUCCCUGCCCAGCCCCCAGUGUGACUAUGCAGACCUCCAGAGCCCCAGCUACUACAGUGCCUACUCCAGCUACCCCGCAGGUCUCUAUCAGUACCCCUACUUCCACUCCUCUCGCCGCCCCUACAGCAACCCGCUCAUCAACAGCGUGGCCAUCCCUCCGCUCCACAGCCCCACCACAAACUGGGAGCAGCCAGUCUAUACCACACUCUCCAGGCCUUAG